CGGAUGCCAGCUCUCUAGCUAGUAGCUACCCUGUGCCCAAAGUGCCAAACGGCGCCUUAACCACCUGCUUUAUCUUCUCCCGUUCACCUCGCGUGCGCGCUCUCCCUCCCUUCCUCUCUCUCUCUCGCUCGUGGCGACGACUGGGCGACUGACUGCCCCCGCCGCAUUUCGCUAGGUGCCCCACGGCCCUUCGCCGGCGACGAGCACCCACCAGGUAUGCCCACCCCUUCUCUUCCCUUCCCGCUAAGCGAAACCGAGCACCCAAUCCCUAAAUUUAUUAUUUAUUACUCCUUUUACGGCUCCUGCUCUCCCUCCUGGCGGCCGCCGCGUACGGCCGCCUCAUCUCCGACGGCGCCCCGUCCGCGCCGCUCCUCUCGGUGAUCCGCCUCCUCUCGGGCUCCCCGCCGGCCGCGGGGGGCGGCGGCGGCGGCCGAGGAGAAGUGCGAGCAGUCCUACGGCUUUCUCCCCUGCACCACCACCGUGCUCGGGAACCCCCUUCCUGGUGCUGGCGUACGGGUUCCUCAUGUACAAGGCGGCCACGUACCUGUCAGCCCCUGCUGCAAAGUCGAAAUCUUUACUAGGGCUUAGAUUCUGCGACCCUAAAAGGGUUGUUCCUACGACUAGUUCUUUUUAUGUAUAACCUCCAAUGAAGGAUUCUCAGGAUAUUCAGAGCACGACAGAGUUGCAGUCAUCAGCACAAGGUACUAAUGAAGUGCAAAGUCAGCAACCAAACCCUAUGGCCACUGAUGCUCCUGCAGGAAAUUCGGGUUCCUUAUCUGUAGCUAGUAAUGACAAUAAGAAGGUGUCUCGCGAAGAUAUUGAACUUGUUCAGAAUUUGAUAGAGCGUUGUCUACAGCUAUACAUGAACAAAGGAGAAGUUGUUAGAACUCUUUCUACUCGUGCUAGAAUAGAACCUGGCUUCACUACUUUAGUAUGGCAGAAACUUGAAGAAGAGAACUCUGAGUUCUUUAGGGCUUACUAUAUACGGCUGAAAUUGAAAAGGCAGAUCAUCUUGUUCAAUCAUUUAUUGCAACACCAGUACAAUUUGAUGAAAUAUCCAGCACCUCCAAAUAUACCCUUGGCUCCAAUACAAAAUGGAAUUCAUCAUAUGCCAGUUAGCAAUUUACCAAUGGGGUAUCCAGUACUUCAGCAGCCUAUCAUGCCUGCUCCUGGCCAGCCUCACAUGGAUCCAAUGGCCUGUGGUCUGUCCAGUGGUCAUGUGGUUAAUGGAAUACCUGCAGGUGGUUAUCAUCCAAUGCGCAUGAACUCCGGAAAUGACAUGGUUGUGGACAAUGGAGCACCUGAAGCACCACAUGCUGCUGCUACCGGUAGUGCUAUGUCAUCUGAGAUGGCUGUGAGUCCCUCAUCAGCGGCUUCAAGCAACCAUGCUCCUUUUACGCCAUCAGAGAUACCAGGCAUGACCAUGGAUGUAUCAGCCCUAGACUCGGCAUUUGGAUCUGAUGUGGGGAAUCCUGGAUCUCUGCAAUUAGGACCAGAUGGCUCAUCAAGAGACUCUAUUAGAUCCUUAGGGCAGCUCUGGAAUUUCAGCCUCUCUGAUCUAACAGCAGAUUUGACGAGUUUGGGAGCAGAUUUGGACGUGUUGGAGAACUACACUGGCACCCCUUUCCUGCCUUCAGAUUCAGACAUUUUGCUUGAUUCCCCAGACCAAGAUGAUAUAGUCGAAUAUUUUGCUGACGCCAUCAACGGGUCUCCGUCAGAUGAAGAGAAAUCAUAGCUAAGCUAUAGUUUCGUAGACGCCCCCAUCCCCAUGCAUUCAGGUUCAGGCAGGGCUGUCGAGCCUGGUAUCUCAUGUAGCGUAGCUUGCUGCUCUCAUGUAGUGUAAGCCUGCUGCAACGCCGCGGCAAAUCUAACUGUGUAUUUGGCUCGCGUGCCCCCUGUGCGGUGUUGAUCCAGUAAUUGGGCCUCUGCCACUAAAGAAUUUUGUAGUGGUUAAUUAAAAUCCUCUAAUUCUUUGGAAUAAGUAGUUGGGAUGGCCAGAUAGUAGUGUUGCUGGCUAGGUAUGCUUCUGGAUGCAAAGCUCACAGCUGGUGACUCUGAAACCACAGGAACUCUUUUUUUGUAUUUUCUGCAUAAGUAAACAGUUGGUACGGGUUCACUCCCUUGUGUUGCCUCUCACAGUUGUACGUCGCACAGGAAUGGUCUAGCGUAGAAAGUUUAGCUUCUGGUUUGGACAGGGUUUUCAGUAUCUUAAAACAAUGUCUGAGCUGAAUUUGAACUU